CCAGUUAAUAAGGGGGCUUGUUUAAAAAGUUGGCUAGCUGGGAAGCGUCGCUCCUGAAAUUGACAACUUUUGAGUGUGGGGUUCCCUCCCCCACCUCACUGCCAGGCUUUGGCUUUGCUAGCCUAGCGGCCCGUAGGUUCUGGUCUGAAACUUUUCCCCAGUAGUGGGCCCGCGGGGAUCUCUGGAGCUCGUGGGAUUCCUCCCCCCACUCGAAGAGGCGAAAAGCCUCUAACAAAGAGGAGGACCGGGAUUUGAGCUGUAGCGGCUCCAGCGAUGUAAUUCAGGGUAUUUCGGCUGUAGUUGUCAUGGUAAUGAUGCUCUCGGCGGCGGCGGCGGCGGCAGCGGCAGGGAGUUGCAGCUCCGGUGAUGAACGGCAGUAAUUUUCCUGCCUUUUAAGUAGGAUUGAAAAUAAGAGCUCUGGUGGUCCAAGUUAAUGUACCUAAUCGUGGCACGGAGCUGGUUCUCUGGAAGGAAGCUUGGGAGGGAAGGGCCUAGGCAGAGGCGGCCAGAGUUUGCAGAGGCACUCGGAGGACCUCAGGAAAGAGGGCGUAAUUGUAGGAAUGUGGCUUAUUGUAUUGAAAUGAGCCUGGGGUUCCACUAGGCACGUCUGCCUGGCGUCGCUGACUUGCGGGUUUACACUUUUCCUUUAGGAGGUAAAUCGGGUGUAAUUGCCGACUCCAGCGGCCUGACACGUGUGGGGACGGUGUCCCUCUCCUCCGGACCUUGGCUCUGUGUGGGAAAGGCAUGCUUUACUUUUCACUGACAGAACUAGUGCUUUUGGAGAAGUUGCUCCAAGUGUUUUACUCUUAGUAUAAAUGAAAGUUCUCGGUGGUGAGACGAGAGCGGUCAUGCGAGCGCAGGCUGCGGAGACUGACUUCCAAAGGCACCUCUCCAACCUGUUGGAAGCCUCGGAGCAGUGGCGAGGAAGAGCGCAUCUAUCCCUUUAUUUCCAAGACCGUUCUUGGAGAUUGUCUUUUAUUUAUUUAUGCAUCCGGAUUCUCCAGAGGGAAGAGCUGCGAGGAGUUAGUAAUCAGAAAUAUCAGGCUGUGAUCACAGGGCCUUGGGGUGUCGGGAGAGAAGUACAGGGAGCCGUCAGUCAUUGUCAUUCCAUCGAGAGUCCAACGCCGGAUCUCUUUUCCCACGAUGGGGAAAUAUUUUACCGAGCCGAGUUGGGGCGUGAAAAAGCUGCCCAAUGAGGCUAAUGGGCACAAUGAAUGAAGUUACUUUAUUCGAGUUAUUUUAUCUGAACAAGAUGCUCGCAGUUAGUAUCAAAGACUCCUUAAGCCAUAGCAACCUCUACGCCCGCUCCCUCCCCCCGCACCCACCAACCGGUUCCCUGGGACCCUGCGCUCACAGAAAUUCUUCCCUGCGGCUUGUCUCGUUUCUCUCGGUCUUUCUGAGAAUCUCAGUCUUUCCCUUUCUGUCGGUCUCUUCUCUGCUGCUAUUGCCCCCGCCCAACCUCCGCCCCCGCUCCCCAGGGUUGGAAACUCCGCAGAGGAGCUCCGGUCACAAUGAGCCCACUGCGGAAGAGCGCAGCCCGGCAAGCCCGGGCCCUGAGCCUGGACCCUCCGCAGUGCCGGGCAGCACUGCCUGCGCUUCGCCUCGCCGGACGUCCCCUCCUCCUACACUCUCAGCCUCUGCUGGAGAGACCCCCAGCCCCACCAUUCAGCGCGCAAGAUAUCCUCCAGGCCCUCAUCACCUUUUUUCAAGUCAAGAUUUCAUCCCAUACACGCAUGACUCAAUCAGAUUUGGAAAUGUGGAUAUGCCCUGCGUCCAAGCCCAAUAUAGCCCUUCACCUCCAGGUUCCAGUUAUGCCGCGCAGACAUACAGCUCGGAAUACACCACAGAGAUCAUGAACCCCGACUACACCAAGCUGACCAUGGACCUUGGCGGCACUGAGAUCACAGCCACCGCCACCACGUCCCUGCCCAGCUUCAGUACCUUCAUGGAGGGCUACUCGAGCAACUACGAACUCAAGCCCUCCUGCGUGUACCAAAUGCAGCCACGGCCCUUGAUCAAAGUGGAGGAGGGGCGGGCGCACGGCUACCACCACCAUCACCACCACCACCACCACCACCAUCACCAUCACCAGCAGCAGCAGCAGCCAUCCAUCCCUUCCGCCUCCAGCCCAGAAGACGAGGUGCUGCCCAGCACCUCCAUGUAUUUCAAGCAGUCCCCACCGUCCACCCCCACCACGCCGGCCUUCCCCCCGCAGGCGGGGGCGCUGUGGGACGACGCGCUGCCCACAGCUCCCGGCUGCCUCGCUCCGGGCCCGCUGCUCGACCCGCGAAUGAAGGCGGUGCCCCCGGUGGCCGGCGCGCGCUUCUCGCCCUUCCACUUCAAGCCCUCGCCGCCGCACCCUCCCGCGCCCAGCCCGGCCGGCGGCCACCACCUCAGCUACGACCCGACGGCCGCCGCCGCACUCAGCCUGCCACUGGGAGCCGCAGCCGCCGCGGGCAGCCAGGCCGCCGCGCUCGAGAGCCACCCGUACGGGCUGCCGCUGGCCAAGAGGGCGGCCGCUCUGGCCUUCCCGCCGCUCGGCCUAACGCCUUCUACCGCGUCCAGCUUGUUGGGGGAGAGUCCCAGCCUGCCGUCGCCGCCGAACAGGAGCUCGUCGUCGGGCGAGGGCACGUGUGCCGUGUGCGGGGACAACGCCGCCUGCCAGCACUAUGGAGUGCGCACAUGCGAGGGCUGUAAGGGCUUCUUCAAGAGAACAGUGCAGAAAAAUGCAAAAUAUGUUUGCCUGGCAAAUAAAAACUGCCCAGUAGACAAGAGACGUCGAAACCGAUGUCAGUACUGUCGAUUUCAGAAGUGUCUCAGUGUUGGAAUGGUAAAAGAAGUUGUCCGUACAGAUAGUCUGAAAGGGAGGAGAGGUCGACUGCCUUCCAAACCAAAGAGCCCAUUACAACAGGAACCUUCUCAGCCCUCUCCACCUUCUCCUCCAAUCUGCAUGAUGAAUGCCCUUGUCCGAGCUUUAACAGACUCAACAGCCAGAGAUCUUGAUUAUUCCAGAUACUGUCCCACUGACCAGGCUGCUGCAGGCACAGAUGCUGAACACGUGCAACAAUUCUACAACCUCCUGACAGCCUCCAUUGAUGUAUCCAGAAGCUGGGCAGAAAAGAUUCCGGGAUUUACUGAUCUCCCUAAAGAAGAUCAGACAUUACUUAUUGAAUCAGCCUUUUUGGAGCUGUUUGUCCUCAGACUUUCCAUCAGGUCAAACACUGCUGAAGAUAAGUUUGUAUUCUGCAAUGGACUUGUCCUGCAUCGACUUCAGUGCCUUCGUGGAUUUGGGGAGUGGCUCGACUCUAUUAAAGACUUUUCCUUAAAUUUGCAGAGCCUGAACCUUGAUAUCCAAGCCUUAGCCUGCCUGUCAGCACUGAGCAUGAUCACAGAAAGACAUGGGUUGAAAGAACCAAAGAGAGUCGAGGAGCUAUGCAACAAGAUCACAAGCAGUUUAAAAGACCACCAGAGUAAGGGACAGGCUCUGGAGCCCACCGAGUCCAAGGUCCUGAGUGCGCUGGUCGAACUGAGGAAGAUCUGCACCCUGGGCCUCCAGCGCAUCUUCUACCUGAAGCUGGAAGACUUGGUGUCUCCGCCUUCCAUCAUUGACAAGCUCUUCCUGGACACCCUACCUUUUUAAUCAGGAACAGCCUGAGCUGCCUCCUCUCCUAGCACCUGCUUGCUACACAGCAAAGGGAUACGUCUGGAAACCCAUCAUUUCCUGUCCUUCCUUAAGAGGAAAAGCAGCUCCUGUAGAAAGCAAAGACUUUUUUUUCUGGCUCUUUUCCUUACAACCUAAAACUUGCGUAUUGUGUUGGGGUUGUGUUUUAUAUUUAGGCAUUGGGGUAUAGGGUUGGAGGGGGAUAUAGUUCAUGAGGGUUUUCUAAGAAAUUGCUAAUGAAGCACUUUUGGACAACGCUAUCCCAGCAGGAAAAAAAAACGGAUAAUAUAACUGUUUUAAAACUCUUUCUGGGGAAUUCAAUUAUAGUUGCUUUGUAUUCAAAAACAAGAACAGCCAAGGGUUGUUCGCCAGGGUAGGAUGUGUCUUAAAGACUGGUCCCUUGAAAAUACACUUCCUGUAUCAAAGGUAUGUAUGUGGUGCAAACAAGGCAGAAAUUUCCUUUUAAUUUCUUUCUUCCUUUAACGAAUGGUGAAAGAUGGAAGAUUACCUACAAAUCAGACAUAGCAAAACAAUAAUGGCUGUUUGCUUCCAUAAACAAGUGCAAUUUUUUAAAGUGCUGUCUUACUAAGUCUUGUUUAUUAACUCCUCGUUUAUUCUAUAUGGAAAUACAAAGGAGGCAGUCAUGUUAGCAAGUGAUACAUGUUAAUAUUCCUAGCAGAGACUGGGUUCACCUUCCCUGUAGAACCCUUCUGAGGUAUGGCCCAUUCAAGACUUUUAGGCCAUUCUUGAUGGAACCAGAUCCCUGCCCUGACUGUCCAGCUAUCCUGAAAGCGGAUCAGAUUAUAAACUGGAUUACAUGUAACUGUUUUGGUUGUGUUCUAUCAACCCCACCAGAGUUCCCUAAACUUGCUUCAGUUAUAGCAACUGACUGGUGUAUUCAUUCAGAAACCCCUUAAGUCACUGAGUAUUUGAUCCCUAGAUAAGAACAUGCAAAUCAGUAGGAACUGGGUCAUACAGGGUAAGCACCAGGGACAAUAAGGAUUUUUAUAGAUAUAAUUUAAAUUUUGUUAUUGGUUAAGGAGACAAUUUUGGAGAGCAAGCAAAUCUUCUUUUUAAAAAAUAGUAUGAAUGUGAAUACUAGAAAAGAUUUAAAAAAUAGUAUGAGUGUGAGUACUAAGAGGAUUAGUGGGCUGCGUUUCAACAUUCCGUGUUCGUACUCCCUUUUGUAUGUUUCUACUGUUAAUGCCAUAUUAUUAUGAGAUAAUUUGUUGCAUAGUGUCCUUAUUUGUAUAAACAUUUGUAUGCACGUUAUAUUGUAAUAGCUUUGCCUGUAUUUAUUGCAAGACCACCAGCUCCUGGAAGCUGAGUUACAGAGUAAUUAAAUGAGGUGUUCACAGUGACUUGGAUACACCAACUAGAAAUUAAAUAAGCAAAUAUAUAUAUAUAUAAAUAUAGCAGGUUACAUAUAUAUAUUUAUAAUGUGUCUUUUUAUUAACCAUUUGUAUAAUAAAUGUCACUUCCCAUGCCGUUAUUUUAUGGUUCAUUUGCAGUGACUUUUAAGGCAGUACUGUUUAGCACUUUGAUAUUAAAAUUUUGCUUAUGUUUUGCUAAAUUCGAAUAAUGUUUGAAGAUUUCUAGGUCUAAAAGUCUUUAUAUUAUAUACUCUGUAUCAAGUCAAAAUAUCUUUGGCCAUUUUGCUAAGAAACAAACUUUGAAUGUCAAACUGAUGUCAUAGUAGUUUUUGUUAGCUUUAAAUCAUUUUUGCUUUAGUCUUUUUAAAGGAAAAAUAACAAAACUAUGCUGUUUAUAUUGUCAUUAAAUUAUACAAUCAAACAAAUGCCAAAUGAAUUGCCUAAUUGCUGCAAAGUAUAACCCAGAUAGGAAAUCAUGUUUUUUUUCAAGAGUCAUUCUAAUAUUUCAUCAUGUGUUAGGUUUAUGUGUGCAUUUAUGAAAGAUUAUUUUUAUAUAUCAAGAUUAUAGAACCUGGAAUGUUAGCAUUUUGAAAUGUUAGAUUUGGAAGGAGCCUGGCCUGUCAAUUAGUCCAACCCCCUAAAAUUCAGAGAGGAGCAAACUGGGGCCCAUUGAAGGGUGAAGAGUUACUAAAGGUCAAACAGCUAGUAACAGAAUCAAGACUAAGACCUAAUUUACCUUUCGAUAGUCUUUUUUUUUCUCACCUUACUCCAUCUACAUAAAAUCAGGCUUUAAACAUAACCACUAAUAUUUACAUUUUACCUGAAGAUAACCAUGAGUAAAGUAGUACUUCUGCAUUAAUUUUUUGAGCUUAUAUGCAAACAUAAUAAAUAUUAUUAAAAUCAGGAAAGCUAACAUUUCAUACAAGAUAGCUUCAGACCAAAUUCAAAUUGAAUUUGAAUAAAUUAGAAAUACUGUGCAUACAUAACCUUCUUGUGCACCAUGAGUAUUUGGAAAGUUAAUCCUUGUUUUUGUCAUGUCUAUAAAGAAGAACAGAACAAAACAAAACAAAACAAAAACACAGCCCUAGAAAAAUGCUGUUACUUUUUAUUUUUACACCCAUAGGAUUUAAGGAAAAGAUUUUUUAGCCAUUAUAAUCUAGUGGUUGGAAUGAAUGAAGAAGCUUUUUUAGUAAUAGGUCCAGAUAUGAGUGCUAAAAAUAAAGAUAAUAGCAUGUUCUUCUGUUCUCCAUAGUUAUUACAACUAUGAGAGCCUCCCAAGUCAUCUAUCAAUUAAACUCCCUUUUUUUUUGUCUUAAUGUUGCACAUAAGUUUAUACAGAGUUGAUGACCACACUAGCACAGAAGAGGAUAAUAUGUAUUAAAGCAGGUGAUUCCUCCCCUUGUGGGAGAGCUCUCUCAGUGUGAACAUGCCUUCUGUGGGCAGAAAUCAGGAAGCUACCAGCUGUUAAUAGAGAGUGCCUUGCUUUUAUUUCAGACAGCAGAGUUUUCCAAAGUUUCUCUGCUCCUCUAACAGCAUUGCUCUUUAGUGUGUGUUAACCUGUGGUUUGAAAGAAAUGCUCUUGUACAUUAACAAUGUAAAUUUAAAUGAUUAAAUUAAAUUACAUUUUAUCAAUGGC